AUGAACAACGGCAAGGAGGUGCUCGGCCUCGGCGACGGCAGCGACGAGGGCGAGGGCGAGCCCGCCAGCCGCGCCUCGUCCAGUUAUGGUGGCUCUUCUCUUGGCGACAGCUCCAGCAGCGGCGGCUACGACCAGCCGCCACGCCGCCACGCUCGCUUCAAAGGGGCACGUCCCCGUCCGACCAGCUCACCGGCGCCGCCCGGAGGGGAUAAGGGCGUCGUCCCCUCGACGCGUCGAGCUCUCCCCUCCGCUCACCGCUCCCCACUUGCCCCCUCCUCGCUCUCUCCGCCUCUCCCACUCCUCCAGAUCCCCUUCUCCCUCACCCGACGUUGCCGGCGACGUGCGUCGCUCGAUCACGCGGCCACCGGCACCCCCGAGCGUCGAGGCUUCGUCUACGAGGUGCGCCGCCGUAUGCUUCGUCCUCCUCGACCAAUGGAUGAACCUGGGGUCGUCUGCAUCGCCAGCAUCGACCCCAUCCCCAACCACCGGCCGUCGCCCUGCCUCGCCGGAUCUCCUCGACGGAAACUCCCCGACCUCGGCAAGCUCGUCCACGGCCUCCCCAGGAUGGUGGAUCCCUGGAGUCAGAUGCCACUGCCGACGGAUGCUACUACGUGGAGACCGCCGACGACCAGGAGUAGUUAGGAGGUCCCAGGCAGGAGGCCUUGCCUCUUCGAUCGUGUUGCUUUUGUGCUAGCCUUCUUAAGGCAUCCUUGUCUAACUUAUGUCUGUACUCAGAUAUUGUUGCUUCCGCUGACUCUUGUGUAUCGAGCUUGUAUUUGAGCCCUCGAGGCCCCUGGCUUGUAAUAUGAAG